AUGAUUGCGUCCAUCAUAUCCAUCGGGGUUCUCGCCCUGAGCGGCGUCGUCGCGCAAAAGGACGACCUUGGGACUGUUCUCCAAUCGAACAAAGAUCUCUCCACGUAUUACAACUUGAUCAAGAAAUACCCCGAAGUCCUCUUCAAGCUUCCAAACUACGAAGGCGUCACCAUUGUUGCCCCCUCCAACGAAGCAUUCAAGAAUAUCCCUGGCACACAGCUCAACGGUAUUUGGAACGACUCGGACGCGUCCAUCGCCGUUCCUAUCCUCGAGUACCACAUUCUCCAGGGCACCGUUUCCACAAGUGCUCUUACCUCUGGCCCAACAGUGUUGCGAUCCUCGUUGCUCCAGAACACGGCUUGGACCAAUGUCACUGGCGGCCAGAACGUCCUCGUCAAUAAGCAGCCCGGUGAUGUUAUCGUCUUCACCUCCUCCGAGGGCAUCCGCACUACACAAGUCGAGGGUGAUAUCAAAUUCGCAGGCGGACUUAUCCAAGUCGUGGAUAAUCUGCUGAUCCCUCCCGCGAGGCUGGAAAACACCACGGAAUCUUUCAAACUGUCUGCUUUCCUCGGCGCCUUGUACGCCGCCAAGCUUUUACCAGCUGCAUCAAAUGAACAGAACGUCACCAUCUUUGCCCCUCGCAACGAGGCAUUCAAACCUAUUGCUGGUUCUCUCAACAACAUGGACAGCGAUGCCGUCAAGAAGUUUCUCAAUUACCACAUCGUUCCUGGCAAGGUCUUGGCUUCAUCAGACUUGACGAACGGCACCAAUCUUACAACGCAUUCUUCUCAGAACCUGCGCGCCAUCCGUUCUGGCAACAACCUGUUCUUGAACUCGGCCCAGAUUGUCCAGCCAGACAUUCUCAUCGCCAAUGGCAUCAUGCACAUCAUCGAUAACGUCUUGAACCCAGACGUGCCAUCGAACCCGAGUCCCGAUGCUGCAAGCCAACCUCCUGUUUUCCCCGAGAGCUCUGCUUCUGGACUCCCUUUCACAACCGCUAUUCCGUGUACCGUCAGCUGCCCGGUCACCACGACUGCAGCCACAGCUACCGGUACUGCCACCAGAUCGGCUUCAGCAACUGAUGUCAGAGUUACUAGCAGUACAGGACUUGCUGCCCCUCGGUGCACUGGCGUAGCUGCUGGUGUCGCUGCGGGCCUAUUCGCUGGAAUUGCUGCACUGGUUUGA